AUGCAGUGGUCUUACAACUACGGGGCGUAUCGAACAGGCGCGGCGUAUAUGUACAAUAACACCGAGAAAGAUGAAUGGAAAGAAGCGGUCGACGGCCUCAUCGACAGACUCCUGGAUCAGUUCUUCCCUGAAGAAUACGACGGCGAGACCUUCGCCGAGUAUCUCUGCGAACCGAACUCGCUUUGCAACUUCAAUGAAAUCCUCUCCAAUGGCAUCGUCGCCCCCCGGCUCACGUCCGUUGCUCUCAUAGUCCCAGAUACCUACGACCAGAUCUUCCCAAAACUGCAAGCGUCUGCCCAAGCGGCCGCCCUAUCCUGCAGUGGAGUAGGCAACAAUACCUGUGGCAUCAAAUGGUAUACCGAGGAGUGGGAUCAGUCAAUUAGCAUGGAGCAGCAGAUCAUCGCCACUAAUAUCCUGUUAAGUUCAUACCAGUAGGCCAAAACGGAAAUCCGCUGGCCAUCUGGAGAACAGACGGAACGAAGACUCUGUGUCCCGACAUAUCCUUAGCUCCGUUCUUCCUUCCGAGAAAAGAAAUCCGCCGUUUACGUCCAAGACAGGCGGUAACAGCACAAGCAACCCCAAUGCAGGCGACAGUUCGAACCGUGGGUAUAUCGAUGAACCGAGGGAGAUCCCCGCUGAUGAUCGGGUGGGCGCGGGGAUCUUGACGGUUUCAUAGUUGGAAUUUGGGGCGGGAUGGUUGCGUGGAUGGUUCUUGUACUCUAUAGAUUAAAAGGAUGUCUACUAUGUACUAUACUCGAGCCACACCUGCUCUGGGAUCAG